GUCUUUAUCUCUUGCUCUGUUUAAUUUGUUGCUGUAAAUUUUCAUUAAAUUGGGCAUUUCUAGGGUUCAUUGUUUUACUUUUACAGUUACGAAAUGGGAGGUUUUGUGCAGAUGACCUAGUGUUGGGCGCCUUUUAAGUUUCAUUAUCCCUUGCAAAAUUAUGAUUUAUAGCCUUCCAGUUGUGUCAUAGGGAUGUUUCGGUGGUAAUAUUCACAUCACGUUCAGGUCUAGCCAUCCAGCCCGAGUAAUUUUCCAUGGCCUUAGCCCUAUUUGAUGAAUCUGAUGACAGGUUUAAAUCAGUUCACGGUAGUGAUGAACCUUCCAGUCCGAUGUUUUCGCAAAUUCAUGAGCUGAUUUCAUAACACCCCACGACAUGGAAUCUUUCUUUACACCAAAUUGAGAGUAAUACAUAUUGUGAUAGGCAUGAACAUUUAACCCUAAAUUCCUGAAAGGUUUGUGCACUCCCAAUUUGGUUUAAAGUAAGAUUUUGUGCCACUCUAUGUCAUGAAAUCGGGUCAGGGAUUUGAUAAAACAUCAAGCUGGAAGGUUCAUCUCCACAAGCCAAGUUUGGAAGGUCUAAACAGGUUUAAAUUGUCAUCCCAUUUUUAUUCAUCAAAUGGGGCUAGGGUUAUUGAAAAUUACUCGGGCUGUAUGGUUAGACUCGAGCGCGAUAUGAAUAUGUGUCUAAAAUUGCCCUAUGAUGUAAGCUGAAGGUUAUAAAUCUUAAGUUUGCAAGGGGCGGGUCAUGAAACUUAAAGGCACCCAAGAAUAGGUGAUUUUGCCCUAUACAAAAUGGGCAGUAAAGGUCGUAUUCCACUUCCACAUGGAAGACGCACUUUUCCAGGUUUUGGUGUAUUGCAUCCGGAAGCAUUUGUUCAUGGGCUACGUCCUCCACCAGAUAUUGAGCAACUGCCUGGACGUCUUUCACCUAGAACUCCAAGACAUUUGAGGUUUUCAAAUGGUUAUAGAACAAAAGCAGCAUCAAAUCUUAAUUUGAAAUCAGUCGAGGUCCCACGUCAAUGGUACAAUCUGGUUGCAGAUCUUCCUGUAAAACCCCCUCCUCCAUUGCAUUCCAAGACUCUUGAACCAUUAAAACCUGAAGAUUUGUCACAUUUCUAUGCUGAUGAAUUGAUUAAGCAAGAAACCAGUACUGAUCGGUACAUAAACAUCCCCGACGAAGUUGUUGAUAUUUACAAGCUUUGGCGCCCAACUCCUCUGAUCAGAGCUAAGAGAUUAGAGAAGCUUCUUGACACACCUGCUAGAAUUUACUACAAGUAUGAAGGAGUUAGCCCUUCUGGGUCACAUAAACCAAACUCUGCUGUUCCACAAGUUUGGUAUAAUGUACAAGAAGGUGUCAAGAAUGUUGUUACAGAAACUGGGGCUGGGCAAUGGGGAUGCAGUUUGGCCUUUGCAUGCAGCAUAUUUGGUAUUGGCUGUGAGGUGUGGCAAGUGCGUGCUUCUUAUGAUCAAAAACCGUAUCGACGAAUAAUGAUGGAAACUUGGGGGGCAAAAGUACACCCAUCUCCGUCCAAUAUCACAGAUGUAGGUAGAAAAUUUCUUCAAGUUGACCCAUCAAGUUCGGGAAGUUUGGGAAUUGCCAUUUCAGAAGCAACGGAGGUUGCAACUCUCAAUGUUGAUACCAGAUACUGUUUGGGAAGUGUUCUCAACCAUGUUUUGCUUCACCAAACCGUCAUCGGUGAAGAGUGUCUAAAACAAAUGGAAGCCUUAGGUGAGAACCCGGAUGUUGUCAUAGGUUGCACUGGUGGGGGGUCGAACUUUGCAGGUCUUGUCUUCCCGUUCCUCCGCGAGAAACUUGCUGGAAAAAUGAACCCUGUCAUUAGAGCAGCUGAACCUGCAGCAUGUCCUUCCUUAACCAAAGGCGUUUAUGCUUAUGAUUAUGGCGAUACAGCUGGGAUGACGCCUUUGAUGAAAAUGCACACACUUGGUCACAACUUCAUUCCUGAUCCCAUCCACGCUGGUGGAUUGCGGUAUCAUGGUAUUGCUCCAUUGAUCUCACAUGUCUGUAAUCUUGGUCUUUUGGAAGCUAUAUCACUUCCCCAGACAGAAUGCUUUCGAGGUGCUGUACAAUUUGCUCGAUCGGAGGGACUAAUACCAGCACCUGAGCCAACUCAUGCAAUUGCUGCAACUAUUCGAGAGGCUCUUCGCUGUCGAGAAACUGGAGAAUCGAAAGUUAUUCUCACAGCCAUGAGUGGGCAUGGUCACUUUGACUUGCCUGUGUAUGAGAAGUAUCUACGAGGUGGGAUUACAGAUCUUUCUUUUGCAAAGGAGAAGAUACAAGAAUCACUAACCACCAUUCCUCAGGUGGCCUGAAGUCAUACACAUAUAUGGAUAUAUACAUACAUAUAGAAUAAAUUUUCUUAUUGAAAAUAAAGUUUCAGUGUUUAAGGUUUAGGGGUUAUGUGCUGACGAAUCAUUUAAGAGUUCGUUUGCUUGCAAGCCUUGCAAAAGUAGAAACUAGAGUGUAAGAUUAUUGUGUUUGUUUGGUAUGAUAUGUUCAUUGGAAGGAUUCCCUAUAUUGCCAUUGAAGUUAUGAGACUGAAAGGAAGAAGAGUGCACUUGCAUGAUAGAAACAGUAAUAACUUUUUAAUUUUACCAAAAAAAGUCUGAACUUUAUUUCUGUUUUUAUUA